ACAGCCGUACUACAACGCUUCGUCUGAUUGGUUCGCUGCUUCAACCUGACUCGCGCUUAUUGGUCAAUCCGGCUGACGCAAUGGAAAUUGAUUGGUCUGCGCCAAAAUUCAAACUGCCUGGGCGAAGAAGACGGAAGUGGCGACUUUCACCUUCUCGGUGUAAAUGAAGUUACGAUUUCACAUCGGCGAGAUCAGAAACUAAAGGAAAAACCGAGAUCUGAUAUAAUAUGGAGGUAUCCAGUCUGCUAUGAACAGGAUGAUGUCGAGUCCCAGGAGGCCGAUAAUCCUCAAGAGGAGGAAACGGCCGUUUCAAAGAAACGAAGCCGACGAGACGCAGAACAAAGCUUCUCCGGCGUCCGGAGCACGAUCCGUCUCUGCAUCUGCACAAGACGGCAUCCGCAUCGUGGACCAUCCCACUAUGCCGGACACACAAGUCGUCGUCAUACCAAAAACCGCCGAUCUUCAGAGCGUCAUUGAUGUGCUGACCGCCAAGGGGAAGGAACGUGGUACUCAGGGGCCAAACAAGUUCAUUUUACUGAGUGGAAGCAGUGGAUCUGAGGAUGGAGUUAAAACACUGGUCCAGGCCACAUCAGAGACUAAAAAGCUCCUCCGACCUGAAGCAGGUGUAGCCGGAAAUGACCAAAAUCUACCAAACAGUGGAUUGCCAGUGAAAAAUGAGCCAAACUGCAGCGUGUUAGAUGACAGCCUGACAAACAUCCAGUGGUUGGGGAAAAUGAGCACGCAAGUCUCGGGUCCCGAAGCAGGAAAGAAAGACUCUGACAAAGAGAAUUUCGAUGGCUGUGUACAGCUCCAGGAGCCACAACACACAGAGGAAGACCCGAGUGCCGUUAAGGGCCCUCUGUCAGAAAGACCACCGUACUCCUACAUGGCUAUGAUCCAGUUUGCUAUCAAUAGCAAGAAAAAUAAGAUGAUGACACUGAAGGAAAUCUAUAACUGGAUAGAAGACCAUUUCCCGUACUUCAGGAAUAUAGCUAAACCUGGCUGGAAGAACUCCAUUCGCCAUAACCUUUCCUUGCACGACAUGUUCAUCAGAGAGAGCACACCAGACGGCAAGAUCUCCUACUGGACCAUUAAACAUGAAGCAAACCGCUGUCUGACAUUAGACCAGAUGUACAAGCCUGCCGUUGAUCCAGCGGCCUCCUCUUUACCACAAGCCAUGCAAGUCUGUUACCAACAACAACAGAAGCGAGUUAUGGCUGAUCCUAAGAAAGCUACAGUCUGCACUACAGAGAGGAAAAUGAAGCCUCUUCUGCCUCGUACGGACUCGUACUUUGUGCCCAUUCAACUGCCUCUGACUCCAUCUCUCUUCCUGCCCUCAUCGGCAGCGGCGCUUUCUCUGUCCACCCCUCAGCAGACCUCCACUGCUUCCAAUCCUGUCUCCAGAUCAGGGUGCAAGAGGCUUUGCAUUGCUCCUAAGGUCCCCAAGAGUGAAUCCAGUGUGGUGGUGAUGUCUGCCCCGGUUGCUGAAGUAAAGGAAGAACGUGUGUGUUUACCAGUCAGUGAACCCUGCAGCAGCAAACAGAAAGAGAUGAGCAGCUCGCGUCGGAAGCAGCGUCUAGUCCCACCUUCCACCGAGGAGCCUGUUCUGCUCUUUCCAAACAGCACUUUCUUCGAUUCCGGCUUGGUCUCGGAUGUCUCCGCCUUCCAGGAAAUGGAGUGUGAUGUGGAGCCCGGGCAUGACUUGCAGUUGCAAAGCGAAACCUUUAAAACCCCUGACAAAGGGAGCCACCCAGCUUCCUCCACACCCAGCAAGUCACUGGAGCCGUGGAAGAGCACGCCUCUGGAUAAAAGGAACCGCAGCGUUCUGGAUUUCAGCCCGAUCAGAACACCGCCGCAGAGGCACGAGCACAGCGAGUUGAGCUUCUGCAGCACGCCUUUCAGAGACCUGCCGCUGUUCGGUUCCCCCCGUGAGCUGCUCGCUUCCUGUUCCCACGAGCAGCAGACGGAAUCUAGCAACCACUCGCUCACUGAGGGCUUUGUACUGGACACAAUGAACGACAGCCUGAGUAAAAUCUUGGUGGACAUCAGCUUCUCUGGGCUGGAGGAUGACGACCUGGGCAUGGCCAACCUCAGCUGGUCACAGUUUAUUCCUGAGCUGAAAUCAGAUGCAUCACUUUAAAAACAAAAAAAAAAACUCUAUUCACGCUGCUCACAUGCUUUAAC